AUGAAGCGCAAAACAGAAUCAAGAGCCUCCAUGGAUGGCAAUGCCAUGCCCAAGUCGAAGAAACGGGCUCUCUCCAGCGAGGAGGCCGCUGCCUGCUUCCGCGACGGCCUGUUCGACAAUGCGGAGCAGCAGAAAUACACCGAACAAUAUGCGAAGUCUUCUCCGUACCUGCACGGCGUCAUCCAUCCUCUGAUCGAGCCCAGUCUUCUGCGCUCCGUUCGCGAUGAAAUUGAAACGCAAGUGUCCUUCACCGAAAAGGAAACCGAUAUCUAUAAGAUCUUCCAGUCUGGGGACCUCGCCAAUCUUGACGGACUUGAUGACUCUUCUCUCUCUAAGCUGCCGUCAGUACUAAAGCUGCGCGAUGCGAUGUACUCGGCACGGUUCCGCGAGUACCUGUCCUCCGUGACGGGCUCAGGCAAGCUGAGCGGACAAAAGACCGACAUGGCCAUCAACGUCUACACCGAGGGCUGCCACCUCCUUUGUCAUGACGAUGUCAUCGGCAGUCGCCGUCUCAGCUACAUUCUCUACCUGACCGACCCAGACACACCCUGGCAACCCCAGUGGGGUGGCGCCCUGCGCCUUUACCCGACGACCACUCAGAAGGACGCCAACGGCGAGGACGUCAAGGUCCCCAGCCCCGACUACAGCCUCUCCAUCCCGCCCUCCUUCAACCAACUGAGCUUCUUCACUGUUCAGCCCGGCGAGAGCUUCCACGAUGUCGAGGAAGUGUACCACCCCCGCGAAGACGAGGACAAGACACAGAAGCGCGUGCGCAUGGCGAUCAGCGGCUGGUUCCACAUCCCCCAGGAAGGCGAAGACGGCUACGAGGAAGGACUGGAAGAGAAGCUUGCGGAGCGCAGCAGUCUCGCACAGCUGCAGGGCCGCGGCGAUAUCUACGACCUGCCGCAACCACGGCCUGUGUCCUGGGAGGAGCCUGAGGUUGAAGGCAAGGGCAAGGGCAAGGUAGAAGAGCAAAGGGAGAGCGAGUUCACCGAGAGUGACCUCGCCUUCCUGUUGCAGUACAUCGCCCCCUCGUACCUGACCCCUGACAUUGCAGAGGAGAUGUCAGACGCAUUCUCCGCUGAGUCCUCGCUCAGCCUGGAGCGGUUCCUGAGCGACAAGUUUGCUUCUCGGGUCAGCGCUUACAUCGAGGAGCAGGAGAGACAACCUCUGCCUGCUUCUGCGGAUGAGAUUGAGACGCAGCGCGGGUGGACAGUUGCUCGUCCUCCGCACAAGCAUCGCUACCUGUACCAACAUCCCUCUGGCGAGGACUCCGAGAAUCCAAUCCAGGAGCUGAUGAACGUGUUGUUACCGUCGCAGCCUUUCCGCAAGUGGCUCGGACUCAUCACUGGCGUGGACCAUCUUACAAGCUACGAUCUACUUGCGAGACGGUUCCGUCGCGGUGCGGACUAUACUCUUGCUAGUGCUUACGAAGGCGAAGAGCCCCGGCUUGAGUUCUCGCUUUGUCUCACUCCGACCCCGGGAUGGGAAAAGCAGGAAGAAGAGGAGGAAGAAGAGUCAGAGAACGAGGACGGAGAGGCCAAGCCAUCUGAGCCGAAGAAGACGGAAGACGACGUUGUGGAAGGCCCUGCACUUGGCGGGUACGAAAUUUACAUGGCCGGUGAUGACGAAGAAGAUGAAGAUGAGGAGGAAGACGCCGAGAACGCUGAUCAAGUCCUGGGUCGGAAGAAGACCAAGGCCGAUCCGGCUAUCUACCGCUCAGCAGGUGCAGAUGAGGAUGACGGUAUUCUGUUCAGCACCCAGGCAGGAUGGAACCGACUCAGUAUUGUGCUGCGUGACAGUGGCACCCUCAAGUUCGUGAAGUAUGUCAGUGCUGCGGCUAAGGGUGAUCGCUGGGAUAUCACUGGUGAGAUUGGUGUUGAAUUUGAGGAGGGCGAUGAUGACGAAGAUGAAGACGAGGAUGCGGAUGAGGAAUAG